UUCGUUGAAAGAGGAAAUUAAUAAAAAUGUAAAACUUACUCAAGAGUUGGAGAAAACAAAUGUUGAGUUGGAGAAAUCAAAUGUUGAAAAAGAAGAAUAUAAGAAAAGAAGUGAAUUAACUUCGGAGGAAAUGGCUCAACUUAAGAAGGAUCAUAUAAAAGUAGUGACUGAAUUAAACAAAUUGAAGGGAGACUAUCAAAAUUCAUCCAAAGCAAUGUUAAAUGAAAAAAAUGAAUUGGCUAAAAAAUUGGAAAAAAUUAAUGAUGAAAAUGCAAGAUUAAAAGGAGAAAAAUAUUUAAAUGUGAAAGAAUUGGAGAAUUACAGAAAUGCUUGCCAAGUGCCGACAGGUGAAAAGGCUGCUUUACUUCGUCAAAAUAAUCAUUUAACUGCUGAAUUACAAAUUGCAAAUUGCGAACUGACAAAAUGUAAAAAUGAGCUUGCUUUGAAUUUGAAACUUGUUCGUUAUGUACCAAUUACAAAUAAAAUUAAUGAGAUUAGCAAUUACCAGACAUGUUGUGGAGAUAAAUGCAUCAAUUCAAAUUUAUCUGACGGAACUUGCAAUAAGGGGCAAAGUUUUAUUCGAGUUCAGGAGGAUGGAAUAGUGAACUAUCAUUCGGUGGAAGAUAAAGACCUUGUAAUUGGUUUUUAUGCACAAAAUUCAUUUACAAAAGCGUCAGGGUUUUGUUGUCAUUAUUCUCUAUUUUAUUUUGAAAUUAAAAUGUUGGAAGAUGUGAAAGACAAAUUUUGUUAUGCAGGAAUUGGUUUUAAUAAAGAUGGCAUUCCGGUAAUGUUUAUGUUAAACGGUCCAGCAACUUUUAAUGGAUUAUAUCAAACAACUUCUUGGAAGGAUGGGGAUGUUUUUGGGUGUGGAGUUGUUUUACCACCUAAGAAGGAGUUGGAAACAUUACCUUAUGUAUUUUUUACGAAAAAUGGUAGAAUGACUGGUGAGAAAAUUUUAUUUUUUUAG